AUGUCUGAUACCACGAAAAUAAUUCUCUUUGCUGUUGAGUUGGGAGCCACCAUGAUUGGCAACAUCUUUCUUCUCGUGUUGCUGUGGAAAUCAAGACUGCUUCAUCGUAGAGGGCACAUGAACUUGAUUUUCAAUUGUGCAAUAGCCGACCUAAUCUCCGUCAUGAUUACCAUUCCAUUUGCUCUGGAUUUUUUGAUUUUCAAAACUGGAAAUCUUAAAGGAACUUUAGUAAUCGUUGCUAUUGGCACRGUGUUUACAUUUGUGCUUCUUUUGACCUUUAMCUCUACGAUAGUGGUGCUUUUAGAUCGACUUUUAGUAGUCAAAYAUACUGCCAAGUACAAGAAAAUGAUGACAGUGAAGAAAGCGCGCAUCGCAGUCAUCAUCGUUUGGUCAGCUACAGUCCUUCUCGUCGUUAUUCUCAACGCUCUAAGGUAUACUAAAGAUCUCCCAGAAGAGAAUGAAGAUUUUAUUGACUACACUAAACGAAACGUAAUAUCAGGUGGCAAGUUCCAAGUUUUGCUGAUCACAAUCAUCGCAUCUGCAAUCAUCCUUGCCGUCGGUGGUUUUACAGGAAAGCUCUAUGGAGAACUUCAAAAGCUCCUCAAAGAGAAAGUCAAUGAGUUUGGUGCAAACGACGGAGACGAGGAAUCGAUGAAAGCGAGAGAAAGGAGAAGAGUGAUCGUUUCCUCCAGCAGAACAUCCAUGGUUGUAAUGGCGAUMUACGUAGUGUCUUUUAUUCCAGCUCUAUCCUUCGCAAUUCUAAAUUUAUUGGGCGAAUCACAGAAAGUAGAUGGCGGUGUCCAAAUGUUUGUUGCCUUGUUCUUUUGCCAAAUAAGGUCACUUCUCAAUCCAUGUGUUUUUAUUCUGGGAUCRCUCAAGUUGAGACAGACUGCAGUUAGGAUUGUCAAAAAAAGAAAAAAUGAGGCUUGUGAGACUGCUGUUUGA